AAUUAAUUAAUUUGAAUAUCGACGAAAUCGUGCAAGUGAGUUGAUUAUAAAGUGAAUGAUAAUAAACCGCAAUCGCGCUCCAGGGAAGUGAAAAAUGAUCUUGUGUAUCUAAUUGUAAGACUCAACACACGUGGAUAAUCCGGUGAUGAACGACGUGUAUUAUUACGUGCCAGUGAUUGAAUUCGCCGGACAAGGCGUAUUAGAGAUAAACAAUCACAAGAGCGUCUGUCUUCCAUUAUUCCACGUAGUUAUUCGCGACGCUAGAGGGAAGAGAUUAUCUAUCGAUAAUCGGUUCGAUGUAUCACACGAUCUGUAUCGAACAUGCGCUCGUUAGCUGCUAGGAUGGAUGAGCGAAGUGUUUUAGUAAUGGAAAUAUCGGGAUAGCGCACGCAGCGGAGUGAAUUAUUCAGAACAUUUGUACUAAUCUAGGUGAGUGCAUUCCGUAACCAGUCAUCCAGCUUCGCGUCCAGGAAACGCGCAGUUUCGUUGUUCUCAACGGGAGAUAGAGGAGGACCUUCCGAAAAAAGAGACGGCGGAGCGCAAUUUCCCGCGCUUUUAUCCCUACGUCAAGUAAGGCCGCGGCACUCUCGACUGAAGGCAUAAAGACACGAAAGACGUCGGAAGGUCGGAGCAGAGGUAGAAGAGGAGAAAAGGAAGCACGUACGAACGUGGAAAGAAGGGUUUAGUGACCUCGUAGUCGUCCUACUCCUUCUGCCUCUUCUUAGGAUUACGACGACGAGGGUACCGACAACGACGACGACGACGUCGACGACGACGGCGUCGUCGCGCGCGACGAGACGACGAGGAGUGGCCGAGAAGAAGAAGAGCAAAUUGGUGCUCCCGGUAGCAGGGGCUCAUGAGCAUCGUGGAGGAAACGUUGCGUAACGUGUCGAGGCGCAGCAGACACGGCAUGCGCGGCGGCGGCAACUUGGCCGCUGAUUGGUCCGCGGCUGGUACGCGGGGCCCGGCCCAGCCAGCUCCUGUCAUCGCGCCUGCUGCUCCCACCAGGCCCCAGGAUAUCGCGGGCCCGACUAGACGCCAGUCGUCGCGCGACAGCGUCGACUCUGCCGGCCAGCAUACCCCACCCGAUCACGCAGACCUCCUCUUCAAGGUGAUGUUGCUUGGGGACAGUGGCGUUGGAAAAACCUGUCUUCUGACGCGUUUCCGUGACGGCCGCUUCCUGUCGGGAAACUACAUAACAACCGUCGGCAUUGAUUUUAGGAACAAAGUUGUCACCGUCGAUGACACGCCGAUCAAGCUGCAAAUCUGGGACACGGCCGGCCAGGAGAGGUUUCGAAGCGUGACGCACGCUUAUUACCGAGACGCACAUGCGCUUUUACUGCUGUACGACGUGACAAAUAAGACGAGUUACGACAAUAUCAGGGCUUGGCUGAGCGAAAUACGGGAACACGCGAACGAGGAUGUCGUCAUCAUGUUGCUAGGUAACAAAUCCGACUGUGGGACGGAGCGAAUUGUUAGACGGGAGGACGGCGAGCGAUUAGCGCAGGAAUACAAAGUGCCGUUCAUGGAAACGUCUGCCAAGACUGGCCUCAAUGUCGAACUGGCAUUCCUCGCCGUUGCCCGGGAUCUGAAGGCCAGAAAAAGCGACAAUCCCGACGAGACGAAAUUCAACGUUCAGGAUUACGUGCGUCAGCAGUCGCAGCGGAGCACUUGCUUCAACUCCAGCUGUUUAACAACCUGAAGCGCUUUUCUUUCUACAUCAAGUCAUAAGGGGAAAGCUGAAAGCACGAUGAGAUCUGUUAUGGCGCGAGUUUUCGAGCCAUAUAUGUGGGAUUCGUUUGAUUUCCGCGUAUAAGAUGAUUGUUAUAUACAACAUAUUUGCGUGUGCGAGACUCCUAAGUAUUUUACACUCGAUUCGCAUAAUAUUUCAUCAAACGAAUCGGAAAAGAAGGACCGAGAGAAGACAGUAUUAGCCUUUUUUCCAAAAAGUGCAUAUUAUCAAGAGGCAUUAUUUUAUUUCGUAGAAUAUAUAAAUACGAAAUCGAUCGCGCUCUUACAAGAUUAGAGCCAGAGAGCUGGGACCUUUUCAUGUAGUGUCAGAGAAAGAAAGAGAGAAUAAGAGAAGAUAGCAUGAAUCUUGUUAUAAACGUAAAAAAAACAUGUGUCAAUGAUUGCUCGCGUACAAUUAAUGUGAAUAGUUCUAAGAAGAUAGAGAAUCUCACGUAUACACAACACGAGACACCUCCAUAGGUAAAAGCCUCUAGCGCUCAAUGGUUCUAAUUUCGCGUACAACAUAUAUAUAUAUAUAUAUAUAUACAAUGACUCGCGAAAUUGAUCAAGUAUUUUGAAAAUUUCGAAAGAAACAUUAUUUAGAAAUUAUUUUAUAGACGUACAAUUAGUUCGCGUGUUCCAUUUUUCUCCGGUAAUAUAUAUACAGGAACUGAAUGUAAUCUCCGUUCACUCCAUCCUUUUUUGUUAUUUACAUCAAAGAUUUUUUUCUAAAAUUUUAAAAAUAUUUCAUCAAUUUUGCGAAGAAUUGUAUAUUAAUAUUAAACGCUCAGUGACGCGCGAUUAUUAAAAGCAAACGUAAGCGUAAAUUACAGCUUACUGGUUGUCGCACGCCCCGACUCUAUAAUCAUUUGUUGCGCUGUUUGCAUAAAGGACUGUAAUCUUCAAUUUGCAUACAAUGUGCUUGUUACAAGUUAGGUAUAUAGCGCGCGCGUUUAUUCAACGUGCGGUUGCAUCUGUCUCGCGGUGCCUGCGUAAGUGAACAAAAAUAUCAAUGCAAGCUCAGUCUCUCGGCAUACUAAGUAACGUAGUUGUGAUAUAAUAGUGUCGAAAGAGAGAAAGAGAGAGGGAGAGAGGAAGAGAGGAAAAAGAGGAAAAGAGGGAAAUAAAGGUCUAUGCACAUUAUACGAAAUGUCACAUUGCUAUUGUCAACUGGAGGUCAUCGUCAUUAACUUACCAUCUAGUUUUGAUCCAGAUUAAGAUUGCGUUUUUGUCUCUUUAUUAUAUUAUUAAAAUAUUUUUAUUUUAAAAAAACAAAAAAAAAUUGUGAUAAAACUGUCCGGAAAAAAGUCCAUAUUUGAUCAAAUAUAAAUAUAUGUAUAUAUAUAUAUAUAUAUAUAUAUAUAUAUAGUUUCCCUUUUUUGUAUAAUUUCUAUUCAUAUAUACAAGGCAAAUUAUAUACAGGCAAUUUUUUUAUAUAUAAUUAUAUAUGACUAAUCUUUUCUCAUUUCUUAAAAUUUUCUUUUUCUAAUUAAUGCGAAGAUUAUUCCUUUAAUUCUUUUUCAAUUAUUCUUAUUGUUUUUCAUAUAUACAAAGAGAAAUAUUAUUAUAUUUGAUUAUAUAUGGAUUUUUCCUUGGAUGCAAUAAUCUCGGAUUAAACAAAAAGAAGAAAUCAGGAAGAUUAUUAGAAAUGUCAUAAGGAAAAUAAACCCAAGUCUAUAUUUUUCUUCUAUUGUUGAUUUCAAUUUUCAACGUAACAUUUACUUCAGCAGUCAGAAAUCACAAAUUAUUUAAUUCAUAUUUUGUCUCAAAAACUUUUCUUUUUUAAGCUACAAGUUAAAUAGUUUUAAAAGACGAUAAUCUGACUUCUUUAAAUACCGAAAUAAAUGUUGGAUACAAAAAUGAGAUCAAAAGUAGGAGAAACAUUAUGAGACUUGGAUGACGUACAUAGUGUGCAUAAGCCUUUAUGCACUCUCUCGUAGAGAUGCAUCGCGAAACGAUUCGUAGCUACCAUCUAGCGAAGCGAGAUGCACGGAUGCACUUGAAAUUUCGUACCUAUCCUCGACGUACAUCUGCGCGAUGCUUUUUCCCUUUCUUUCUUUCUUUCUUUCUCGUUCUUAUAAUCGACAAAUGUAUGUGCAUAUUUUCGUGAUAUCGAUCGUUAAUAGACGCGUUUUGUAUAAACGACAAAUGAGAUAUUUAUCAAGGAGAUACGAAUUGGCCGAUCGGCCAACGAUUAUCUCCAUAUAAUCGAGAAGAACUAAUGAAAUAUAUAUUAUAUCGAUCGUUAUCGAGUCAAAAUUCUAAGCGAAGUUGAGAACGCUUUAUCAAGAUGAAGAGUCAAUAAAUCUAUAACACUGUUUAAUAAAGCUCUAUCGACGUUACUGCGAGGGGGACCCAUAUUACAAUCAUUCUCGAUCUCUUCUCGCGCAGACGUUAAUUUUAUAGCAAACUGGGAAUAGAAGGGAAGAGAGAGAAUUUAUAGAGUCGGUUUUUGCGCGCAAGAGAGAGAUUAGAAGAAUAUAUCUCGCGUAUGCUACAUCCCGUUGUAUACGAUGUGCAAUCUGUCUUACCUGCAGUGUACAAAUGACAAUUUUGUGUAACAAAUGUAUAUCACACACAGAAGGCAUGUAUGAAAAUAAAUAAAAAAGACCGACCAGA